UGCAAAGUGGCAUCUGUGUUUUAUGUACAUUACCUGUGUUAAAUUAGCUAGUUCUUUUUCAGGGUUUGUCUUCUUCAAUAAAACCCAUAAUAAAAAAAUAUUCUCAGAGUGUCGGAGUGUUCUGGGUAUAAUCGGAGGUGUCACCAGAUUCAGGUGGGAGCUGAACCCAUAUAUCUAGCCAAGCAUCACCCAAGGGUGUGCUACAUUGAUCACUGUAUUAGUGUUUUUGGGGAUGUCAGUGACCCCAAGUAAGUACCCCCAAAUGUCAGAAUGUCCGCCGCAGUCCCGCCAUAA